UUGGUUUUACUUUAUAACUCAUCAUGUCCACAACAUUCAGUAAUCAACGUGGUACAAAAUAUAACGCAGAGACGUAUUCCAAGGUAAAUGAUUGGCAACUGCAAUACGGUAAAAACCUUGCCAAGGCAGCUGGCAUAAAACACGGGAAGGAAAUCCUAGACAUGGGAUGUGGAACAGGUGAACUCACAUCAUUUCUUGCAGCGAGCGUUGGCGAAGAAGGUCUCGUAGUCGGUGUGGAUCCAGACGUGGAAAGAAUCAAGACUGCCAUUCAAAAUCAUUCCGUGAAGAAUCUUACAUUUAGACAUGGCGACAGUUCAAGCCAAUUUAUUGGUUUAGAUAAACAAUACGAUAUACAUUUCAGUAACUUUGUCAUUCAAUGGCUCGAUGCUGAGGAAAAGGAGAUGUUCGUCCAAACUGCGUUUAAAUGUCUGAAACCAGGAGGCACAAUUGCAAUUCAAAGCUUCGAGGACGAACCCGAAGUAUUUAAAGCAGCGAAAAGUCUCAUCCGAAUAGACGACAACGCAGCUGGAUCGCUGUUGGCUAAUACGACGAGUGAUAAGGCCGAGAAGGUUCCAUUCCAGCAUUUUGUUACGAAAUACGUGAUUGAAAAGCUGCUUCAGAAAUCAGGUUUUGAUAUUAUUUCCAGUGAUUAUUAUCACCGUACGCACAUAUUUUCCAGUGCAGAUGAAUUCCUAGCCUUCUUGUUUGCCUCGGAUUAUUAUGAUGCAACAAAGAUAUCUAGUGACAAGAGAAAAGAUUUCGAAAACAAAUUUGUGAAUGUUGAUGGAAAAGUGGAAGUUUUUUCUUCUUCUGUUUAUCAAAUUAUCGCCCGGAAGAAAGCAGACCUUAUCUAGUAACUUGAACAUGACAUGCCGUUUCUUAACAUCAUAUAAAAUUACAUUUAAGACAUGAUAUGUAGGACGAAAGUCAUUUGGCUAUAGGCCGGCAAUAGGGAGUUUAGCAUGAUCAUAUA